GGCAAUUUUAGUUCAAACAUCACUUUUGUAGAUUUUCAAGCGGUUCCUCUUCCGCUACCUUGAAUGGACUUCUGUAUCGAUUCCUUCGGGUCAUCGCCUCAUAUUGUCCCCGCCUGCCCAAUUCCAGACCUGUUGUCACAAUGACACCCACAAGACCGCGGGUCUUGCAAAAGAUUACAAGAGAUGCAGUUGACCAGCUAGCUGUUAUUAUCGUUGGGGCAGGCCUGGGAGGACUCGGUGCAGCAAUCUCCAUCCUUCUCGCUGGCCACAACGUCCACAUCCUUGAAUCCGCAUCUCAGAUCUCUGAAGUCGGCGCCGGAAUACAGUGCCUCCCCAACAGCUCUCGCGUGCUGAUCGCUUGGGGGAUGGAGGACAAACUAUCUCAGUAUGCUACACGGCCAAAACAAUGCAACAUGAUCGGGUGGAAGGGCGAGCACAUUUCCGAAAUGAACUUCCAUGAGUAUGAAUCGGAGUGCGGAACACCAUUUUGGGAUUUUCACCGAGCGAACCUUCACCAGUGCUUGCUAGACAGGGCUGUUGAACUCGGUGCGACGGUCGAGAAAAAUGCGAGAGUUGUUGAUAUUGAAUAUUCCUUGGAUCAAUGCACGGCCAUAGCCGUUCUUGCAGAUGGUGAAAGGCGAAAAGCUGAUAUAAUCGUUGGCGCGGAUGGCAUUCAUUCCAAGUGCCGAGAACUUUUACUUGGAAAAGAAGACCCACCCAUAUUGACCGGGGAUCUUGCGUAUCGCUUACUGCUGAAUACCGAGGACAUGAUGAAGGAUCCUGAGCUGCGUGGAUUUGUAGAGGAUCCACAGGUCAACUACUGGAUGGGUCCCGAUGCACAUGCGGUGAACUACGUGUUGCGUGGCGGCAAACUCUUUAACAUGGUUCUCCUUGUCCCUGACGACAUGCCUGCGGGCGCCACAACGCUCGCCGGGAACGUUGAAGAAAUGCGCGCUCUUUACAAGGAUUGGGAUCCACGGAUCCCGAAAUUGCUGGCGCUUUGUGAGUCAGUUUGUAAAUGGCGGCUGUGCAUCAGACCUAGCCUGGAUCCCUCUUGGAAUCAUGAAUCUGGCGCUUUCACAAUUCUAGGAGAUGCAGCGCACGCUACAUUGCCGUACCUCGCGAGUGGAGCCGGAAUGAGUCUGGAGGAUGGACAUGUGUUAGGGUUAUGUUUAGCUCAGGUCUUGGGGAAGAAUGUAUUACAAAAGAAAAGAGCGCUUGAGGUGUAUGAACGGUGUAGACGGCAGAGGACUGAACGUAUAGUCCAGCGUGGGAAUGUUCAGCAGCACUUGUACCAUGUCCAUGAUGGAGAGGAACAGCGCGAACGCGAUCGAUUGCUAAAAGCUUUUGGGGAGUUUAAUGGAAAAGGAAAGGUUGGAGAAGUCGAGCUUGGGGAGAAAGGAUUGAUCGAUGAGACGGACCCCUUACCAUGGAGAUGGGCUGGGGUGGGAAAGUGGUUGUUGACUUAUGAUUGUGAGAAGGAUGUAGAAAAAAGGUGGGCAGAAGUCGAGACCCUUCAUCGAGAAAAUAUUGUAGAGAGAAGACCCGUUGGUAGCGAGGUUGUUAGAGCGGUGUUGUAG